AUGACUAGCAAUAUUGAUGAGCAGCUGAAUAAUGCGCUAUUGGAGGGGAGGGGAGCCAACAUUCUUGAGUUGGUAAAGUUCAUUCAGAGAAUGAUGACACGGUGGUUCAGUGCGCGUAGGAAGAAGGCAGAGAAACACACUGGCACUGUCACGAUAGAGAUGGACAAAGAGAUGACAAAAAACAUAGCGACUGUUAAUGGAAGUUACAUAAAUUCUGUUAAUGAGUGGACUUGUCAAGUUUUGGGAAAGUUUGGGAGGUCUGACAAUGUAAUGCUAGCUGAGAGGAAGUGUAGUUGUAAGUAUUUUGACAAUAUCAAAAUACCUUGUGGACAUGCUAUUCUUGCAGCAAACGGUCUUGGAGUGUCAACGGAGACACUGUGCGGUCAUUGGUACAAGACAUCGGUGUGGAGGGAGACAUAUGCAGGUGUGAUCAAUCCGGAUGAAGACCCUAGGGAUGUGGACAUACCAGAGGAAGUAAGCCAGAUGGUUGUAUACCCUCCUAUAACCAAGAGGCAGCCUGGUCGUCGUUGGAAGGCACGCAAACCCUCAACUGGAGAGUUUAAGGUACCCAAGAAGAAAGUGAAUCAGAACAGAUGUGGGAGGUGUGGAGGAGUUGGACCCCUUUUUUGCCCCUAUGUUGAAUCUUUCGUGAUCUGA